AUGCAAGAGCUCGCAGUUUAUAGGAGAAGGCUUAAGUGUAAUCUCGACGCUGCAUUCUCGAGUUCCUUGAAUGUUAUUGGAUUUGGUAUGUGUAUAAGGGACGAAGUUGGACAGUUUGUGGCAGCAAAGACGCUACGGUCUAGUCCUAUAUGUGAUUCAAGUAUAGGUGAAGCUUUGGGUCUGUCAUAUGCUAUUCAGUGGGUACAUGAGCUGCAACUCACUAAUGUCGAUUUUGAGAUGGAUGCCAAACGGGCUGUAGAUUAUUACAUUAAAGGAAGCAAUGAUAUAUCUGAAUUUGGCGCAAUCAUUGAUGAUUGUAGACGUCGAUGUUGUUCUUGGUUUGAAAACUCUAAGAUUGAGUUUAAUAGGAGACAAGCGAAUAUAGUCGCUCAUACUAUUGCUAGAGAGGCCAUACUCCUAACUAGUUCCCAAACUUUUAAUGUUGUACCUUCUUGUAUUGGAUCUUUAAUUUUAUAA